AUGUCCUCCUCUAGAACCCCUUUGCAAGGUGUCGAGUGGCCGCCCACUCUUCUCCGCACCGUCAAGCGGCACCUCGACCACGUAGAGGAUGCGGUGAGACCUAGUAUACCGCCGAUGCCGUCGUCGGCACUGACCAUCUACGACUUCUUCGAGACGCACCGUGACGCGAUUGAAGCCCAAAUGCAAGGCAGCGGGUUCGAUGCAGCGCUGACGGAGUGCUGCACUGCCUUUCUCAUGGGUGUGCUGGAGCAGUCGUGUUCCUUGUCUUUUCUGCUGUCGCGGGAGCGGCGCAUCAUCGCCAUGACGGUGCGCCAGUUGGAGAAGCGCCUGCUGAGCAAAGCGCGCUCGAACACGAUGGACUCCAAGCGGCGCCGCCUGGAUGAGAGAGCGGCAAGCGAACCGCGGUACGCACGGGUGCUGACGCUAGAGUACUUGCUGCGACUCUACGUAUCGCUGCCCAUGAUUCUAGAGCACUACGACAAGCUAGGGGGUGCGCACACGCCGUCGUAUGCAACUGCCCCUCUCUGCUGCUUCAUCAACAUAACCAUGCAAAUUCUGAGCGCUGACCCCCGACUCUUUUCGCCAAUCACGGAGUACGUCCCACUGCGCUGA